GAUUAUUAUAGAAUACUCGGUGUAGGCCGCGAUGCCUCGGACGCGGAUUUAAAGAAAGCGUACAGAAAAUUAGCGAUACGGUGGCACCCGGAUAAGCAUGCAGACCCUGAGGCGAAGAAGAAGGCAGAAGCUCAAUUUAAGGAUAUAGCGGAGGCGUACGAUGUCCUGAGCGACAAAGAAAGAAGACAGAUCUAUGACAAAUUCGGCGAGGAGGGUUUGAAGGGCGGUGGGGGGGCCCCCAGUGGGGGCCCCGGAGGACCCAAUGUCUUCUAUUUUCGGGAUGGCCGGCGCUGGUGGUCCCUUUGGCAUGCGCUUUGCUACUGCGGGAAACAGACUAUGCAUGGCAUGAGCAGCAGCAGCAGCAGCAGCAGCAAGCCUCGCGCAUAUGAAAGGGACUUAGUCUGCACGCUGGAGGAGCUAUACACCGGAACGACAAAAAAGAUGAAGAUAGGAAGGACACGCUUCCACAACGGCCAUCCGGUGAAAGAAGACAAUGUAGUUACAGUCGACGUGAAAGCGGGAUGGAAGGAAGGCACCAAGUCGGUUCUUGCUCUUGCUGCUGCUGCUGCUGCUGCUGCUGCUGCUGCUGCUGCUGCUGCUGCUGCUCUUUCUGCUGCCUUUGUUGCUGUAGCAUUUGCUGUUCCUGCUGCUGCUACUGUAACGCUUCUUGCUGCAGCUGCUGCUGCAGCAAUUGCUGCUGCCGUCUUGUUUUUCUUUCGUCUCUUUUGGAUUACAUUCAGCGGAGAGGGGGGGCAGGAGACACCCAACGGCCCACCUGGAGACCUCAUCUUCGUGGUGAAGUCUAAGCCUCACCCCCGCUUCACUCGCGAAGGCAGUCAGUUAAUAUAUCGGGUGUCUGUGACGCUGCUGAAGGCGUUAACAGGGUUUACGCUACCUGUGCAUACACUUGACGGCCGCGUGCUGCAUGUUAAGGUGGAUCAGGUCGUCUCCCCGAACUUUAAAAAAGUUAUUCCUGGCGAAGGAAUGCCUAUAAGCAAGAAGCCAGGAGAGAAGGGAGAUCUAAUUGUAGAAUUUGAUAUCAUCUUCCCGCGGAGUUUAAGUGAUGAACAGAAGACGAAGCUAAGGGAAGUACUCGCAAACGCUUAG